GUUCCUCUUCCGUCAGUAAAGAGAGACACACAGAUGAUCAGACUGAGUUCAGACCAAACUAGCAGCUUCCUCUGAGUGAGUCCAGCUACAGGAGAGAAAAGUGGAAAACUCCAACACUGCUGCUUCAAGCUGCUGACGCUCCACACACUGAAUCUUCACUCACAGACUCAAUGGCUUCCAGAUCAGAGGAGGAUCUUUGCUGUCCGGUCUGUCAGGAGGUCUUCAGAGAUUCUGUUCUUCUGUCAUGUAGCCACAGCUUCUGUACAGACUGUCUGAAGAGAUCGUGGAGAGAGAGAACAACACACGAGUGUCCAGUUUGUAAGAGACGAGCUUCAAAGGAAGAACCACCUUUAAACCGAGCUUUAAAGAACCUGUGUGAGUCGUUCUUACAGGAGAGAGAUCAGAGAGCUUCAGAGGCUCUCUGCAGUCUGCACUCUGAGAAACUCAAACUCUUCUGUCUGGACCAUCAGCAGCCAGUGUGUGUCGUCUGCAGAGACUCACAAAAUCACACCAAUCACAGAUUCAGACCCAUCGAUGAAGUUGCACAACAACACAGGAAACAACUUCAUCAAACUCUGGAGCCCUUAAAGAAGAAGUUAAAGGUUUUUGAAGAAGUUCAAGUGAAGUUUGAUCAAACAGCAGAACACAUUAAGGUCCAGGCCCGACACACAGAGAGGCAGAUUAAGGAGCAGUUUAAGAAGCUUCACCAGUUUCUAGCAGAGGAAGAGGAGGCCAGGCUGGCUGCACUGAGGGAGGAAGAGGAGCAGAAGAGUGGGAUGAUGAAGGAGAAGAUGGAGGCUCUGAGCAGAGAGAUAGCAGCUCUUUCAGACACAGUCAGAGCCACAGAGGAGGAGCUGAGAGCUGAAGACGUCUCAUUCCUGCACAACUACAAGGCUGCAGUGGAAAGAGUCCAGCGCUGCCCCCUGCUGGAUGAUCCACAGCUGCCCUCAGGAGCUCUGAUAGACCAGGCCAAACACCUGGGCAACCUGACCUUCAACAUCUGGAACAACAUGAAGGACAUGGUCUCCUACACUCCUCUCAUUCUGGACCCAAACACUACUCAUCCAAACUUCAUCUUGUCUGAAGAUCUGACCAAUGUGAGUUAUGGAGGAGAGAGGCAGCAGCUUCCUGAUAAUCCAGAGAGGUUUGAUUUGUUCUGCUCUGUCCUGGGCUCUGAGGGCUUUAACUCAGGGACUCACAGCUGGGAUAUCGAGGUUGGAGACAGUACAUGGUGGGAACUGGGUGUGUUAGCCGAGUCUGUGCAGAGGAAGGGAGUCAAACAGUCAGGGUUAUGGACAAUAGGGUUUGAUCAAGGCAAAUAUUCAGCAUGGUCACCAUCCGCUUAUACUGCCCUCUCAGUAAAGAAAAAGCCCGAGAUGAUCAGAGUGAAUCUGGACUGGAACAGAGGAAAGCUGUCGUUCUCUGAUCCUGAUACUAACACACACAUACACACCUUCACACACACUUUCACUCACAGGGUGUUUCCAUUCAUUAGCGCUGGUUAUGAAGUGAAGGUGUUGCCGUUGAAGGUGUCAGUGUCAGUGGAGCAGAUGAGUUGAGGAUGAUGAUAUUUCUGAUGUUGUUUCCUGUCAGUGAAUUGAAGCUGUUAAACUGCAGCUGUCCUCCUGCUGCCUCGUUGUUCCAAAGCUCUUUGUUUCUCUUUUAGUUCUCACUGUUUCUUUCUGUUUCUGCUGUCCACCUUUUCACAUGGAAAAUCAUUUCACCGUUUCUCACU